UGAGCGCUUACAGACAUAGCAAGGGAGGGGGCUCAACAGAAACGCCCCCUGUCUGCGUCACGCACUGCGUCAGCAUCCGCAGCCCCUCCCCCCUAAAGGGCCAGUCCCGCCUUUUCCACUGUGCACGAGCCCUAUGAGGCAGCCGGGCGCCCGUGGAACUGUCGGAUCGUUCAAGCCCAGUUGCCGGAAGUGACGUAGCGCCGGGUGGCGCUUCCGGGGGGCGUAACGCGGAAGUGAUAGGGGUUGGGGGAGUGAGGUAGCGGUGGAGGCUGCGCGGCGGGAGGGAGGAGUCCGUGCUGGAGCGCCCCCCUGCGUUGGGGCUGUGAGGAGCGGGUGGCUGUAGCCCGUCCCGGCCCCUCGCCAUGAACAUAGACGUGGAGUUCCACAUCCGCCACAACUACCCCUGGGCCCGCCUGCCUGCCAGCGUCCGACAGGGUCUUGGAAACUCUCAGAGGGAGUAUGAAAAGCAGGUUGUACUCUAUAGUAUCCGCAAUCAGCUACGAUACCGAAAUAACUUAGUUAAGCAUGUCAAGAAAGAAGAACGAAAAUACUAUGAGGAACUGUUAAAAUACAGUAGAGAUCAUCUCAUGCUGUACCCUUACCAUUUGUCUGACAUCAUGGUAAAAGGCCUGAGGAUAACGCCGUUUUCGUAUUACACAGGAAUAAUGGAGGAUAUAAUGAACAGUGAAAAAAGCUACGAUUCAUUGCCUAACUUUACUGCUGCUGACUGUCUACGGCUUCUUGGUAUAGGAAGAAACCAGUACAUUGAUCUAAUGAACCAGUGUAGGUCAUCAAAAAAAUUUUUCAGAAGGAAAACUGCUCGUGAUCUGCUACCAAUAAAGCCAGUGGAGAUUGCUGUAGAGGCCUGGUGGGUGGUGCAGGCUGGCUACAUCACAGAGGAUGACAUAAAGAUUUGUACUACAUCUGAGAAAUCUGUUGUUGAUAAGAUAAUUGAUUCAGGUCCUCAGCUUGCUGGAUCACUAGACUACAAUAUAGUUCACAGUUUAUAUAACAAAGGAUUUAUUUACCUUGAUGUACCAAUAUCUGAUGACAGUUGUAUAGCAGUGCCUCCUCUUGAAGGUUUUGUAAUGAACAGACUGCAAGGUGAUUACUUUGAAACUCUUCUCUACAAGAUAUUUGUUUCAAUAGAUGAACACACUAAUGUGGCAGAGCUUGCAAAUGUUCUAGAGAUAGACUUAUCACUGGUGAAGAAUGCUGUGUCCAUGUAUUGUCGAUUGGGUUUCGCCCACAAAAAAGGCCAAGUAAUGAAUCUGGAAAAUCUUCAUUCAUCAUGGAGGAACAUUCCUUCCAUAAAUCGAUUGAAGAGUACUUUGGAUCCGCAAAGGAUGCUGCUUUCAUGGGACAGUGGGGAAAACAGGACUCCUGUACAGGAAGCUUGUUCAUCAGCUACAGAUACUGACACCAACAGUCAAGAAGAUCCAGCUGACACAGCCAGCGUGAGCAGCUUGAGUCUGUCUAGUGGACACACAAAGCGUAUUGCCUUCCUGUUUGAUUCAACUCUCACUGCCUUUCUGAUGAUGGGGAAUCUUUCACCAAACUUGAAAAGUCAUGCGGUAACUAUGUUUGAAGUUGGAAAAUUAUCAGAUGAGUCUCUGGACAGUUUUCUUGUGGAACUUGAAAAGGUUCAAAGCACAGGUGAAGGGGAGGCACAGAGAUACUUUGAUCACGCACUUACUUUGAGAAACACAAUACUGUUUUUGCGGCAUAACAAGGACCUCGUGGCACAAGCUGCACAACCUGAACAUCCAAAUAACGGUUUUCCUUUGGAUCUCUUACGGUGUGAGAGUUUGCUGGGCUUGGAUCCUGCAACCUGCAGUAGAGUUCUAAACAAAAACUAUACGCUGCUUGUCUCCAUGACGCCACUCACCAAUGAAAUUCGACCUGUCAGCAGCUGCACUCCCCAGCAUAUUGGACCAGCUAUACCAGAAGUUAGCUCGGUUUGGUUCAAAUUGUAUAUUUACCAUAUUACUGGUCAAGGACCACCAUCCCUAUUGCUAUCUAAAGGGACAAGGCUUAGAAAACUUCCAGAUAUUUUUCAGGGUUAUGAUCGCUUACUAAUAACAUCUUGGGGUCAUGACCCAGGAGUAGUCCUAACUUCGAACGUAUUGACAAUGUUGAAUGAUGCUUUAACACAUUCUGCCGUUCUAAUUCAGGGACAUGGCAUGCACGGAAUGGGGGAAACUAUGCAUAUUCCUUUCCCAUUUGAGGAAGCAGAACAGCAAGGAGACUUCUCUCGUGUGAAUAUGGGUGUUCAUAAAGCACUGAGAAUAUUAAGUGACAAAGUGGAUUUGCAGCAUUUUUGUGGAUAUGUUACCAUGUUGAAUCCUUCCAGUCAACACACAAACAGAAAGCUGAGUGAUGCUUCUGAUGGAAAAGGUGAGCUUGAAUUGGCAUCAGGAUCUGAUGUAAAUGGGAGCACAGAAUCAUUUGAAAUUGUUGUUGAAGACGCAUCUGUGGAUUCUGCAGCUAAGCAAAGCCCUGAAGUACCCACAACAGAACUGGAAUGGGUUCCCCUGGAAUUAUGCUUUGGAAUUCCACUCUUUAGCUCUGAAUUAAACCAGAAAGUCUGCAGAAAAAUUGCUACCCAUGGACUAUGUAGAAAAGAAAGCCUUCAAAAACUCUUGCAUUCCAGUAGAAAGCUGUCCCUACAGGUUCUUAACUUUGUUUAUUCAUUCCAGGAAGGUAUUUCAACACUGGAUCUGCUCUCUGACACCAGUUCAAGUUUGUUUUCACAACCUACUUCUGCAGACAUGGGUGUUCCACUUCCUGCCAAGAAUCUAAUGUUCAAAGAAGGCAUGUUAUCUGAAUGGAAUGGACAAUCCCCAUCCCCUGUUCUUAUUGCAAAUGUACUUAAAGAACAAAUCAAAUAGUAUGGUUUCACCAUGCAUUGCUCACUUAAUGCCUUUUUUCUUUGUUUAUUACGGUUAAUUUAUACAGCCGACCAAUAAGAAGUGUUUUGCUGCUGCAGCAUAACCCAUAUUAAAGUAGUGUUUUUAAGUGUGUUGUGUUGCAGUACAAGGGAAACACACUGUACACAACUUGUUGCAUUUCCUGCUGUAACAGAAAGCUCUUCAGCUAUCCGCACUAUAUUUGUAUCUUGAGAUAAUCGCUAUUUCUUUUAUAAUUCUAAACACACCCUUUUUAGGCUUUCUGAUUAUUGUUAAAUUUCUAUGCUGCCACCACCAAAUUACAAUGGUCAUUUUAUAUGUUCGUUGCUCAGACAUAAAUCCUGUUUAGUUUUGUAUUUUAUUACUGAAUUCUGUUGAUAGGUAAGAGAUUUGGCUCUGGAAAGGCUCAGCAGUGUUCAAUGGUGGUAUUAUGGGGCAUUGUUGCUGAUGUCUGUAGAUUAUGUAGAUCAGCCUGAUGAAGGUUUGGUUUGGUAAAUCAACAUAACAAUAAUGAAUUGACACUUUCUAUGAGGUCUUAAGUUUUGAAGACAUAAAAUCGUGCUGAUGCCUCUAGGAAAUCUUGGAAAAAGUUUGGGUCAAUUUCAUCCUUGGUGUAACUUCAUGAUGAGCAAUGGAAUUGCACCAGGGAUUAAUUUGGUUUUCUUUGUUCCUAGAAAGCUGUUUAUUUAAGAGUGUAUUUCUCCUGUCCACUGUUUUAUUGGAGCAUUUACAUGAAACUAGGAUCUUUACGCCUUAAGGAUGUUUGCUUCUCUCAUAUGCAGUGUUGUUGGGGUCAUGCUGGACCCAGGAUGUUAGAGAGACAAGGUGGGUGAGGUAAUAUCUCUUAUUGGAGCAACUUCUGUUGGUGAAAGACACAAGUGUUUGAGCUUACACACAAUAGACCUGAAGAAGAGCACUGUGUAAGCUUGAAAGCUUGUGUGUCUCACGAACAGAAGUUGCUCCAAUAAGAUAUUACCUCACCCACCUUGUCUUUGCUUCUGUCACUUAUUCCUCACCGGAAGCUGUUCAUUCAUAUUUGUAACGUCACUGUAGAAAAGUGUCACAAACCAAAAAUUCGAAUGGCAGAAUAAACAGCUGGAGAAGACUUAACACUAAAAGAACAAAGCUUUUGGUUUUUAUGUGAGUGUCCUCAAUAGAGAAAAAUGCAGAAAAAAGUGCAAAAAAUUUUUAGGCAGAUGUAUUUCUUUAAAUAAUUCUUUUAAGUUUUCCUUAAGCCAUCAACUACUCAUGAAAAAUAUCAACAUUAAUCAUUUCUAAGUUUAGAAGGCUUCCUCCCUAGAGGUGGAAGGAAUUUGUGCAGUGUUACUUCAUUUUAGUUUAUACUAACUCUGCAAGAUGGUUUCCUGCCAGUUUAAAUACAUUGUAUCCAGUUAAGCACACUAGGAAAACAACAAGUAUGUAAACUAUUUUGAAGAUUAGUGUCUACAAAUUUCUGAUGACUUUUUGUUUACUGGAAUUCAUUAUAUACUAUCUUUAAAAUGAAAUUGAACCAUGCUGUCAGCACCUGCCUGCAGUGUAAGCAAUUAUUGGACCAAGAACCUGUGCAACAUGCAGUGCUGGAAAUUGUACAUGAUAAAUGUAGUAAUGGUCAGUUUUUGUAUUUGUUUGAUAGGAGAGUAAGAAGAAA